AUGGCGGCAGCAAACGCUCCUGAAAAAGAUUCUGCACUGAAAAAACGCAUCUUACCCCGCGGAUUGCAGAAGCUCAUCGAACAAUGUUUGAAGAUCUACCCCGAUCAAACGAAUCCGUUGCAGGUGACGACUGUGCUGAAAUACUGGCUCGGUGGUUUAGAUCCGCUGGAUUACAUUAGCAUGUAUCACAAUGCGGGCGAUCCGGAGCAAAACAUUCCACCGCACUGGCACUACGUUAGCUUUGGACUGUCGGAUCUGCACGGUGACGGUCGUGUGCAUCUGGCGGACACAUCCGGCGGUCUCGAGCCACGUUCCGGGAUGGGUUUCGAGCUAACGUUUCGAUUGAUCAAAUCACCCGAUGCACCCGCCAACGAACGUCCACCGACGUGGCCCGCCAACUUGCUGCAAUCGUUGGCCAAGUACGUAUUUCAGUCGGGCAAUCGGCUGUGCACCGGAGAUAACAUCCCCUGGCGUCGCUCGCUUGACGGUAGCAAGGACACUAGUACGGCCAUUCAGCAUAUGCUCAUAGCGGAGGAUCCACAGCUGCCCCGUACGGAAACACCGUUCGGUUGGGUGGACUUUCUGCAGAUCGUAGGUGUCACGAGCGAGGAGCUGGAGCAGGCUUCGCGCUGGAACGGGAAGGGUAUGCUGAAUCUGCUGACCAAAGAUCCUGCCACCGGUGGACCGUGGCUGAUCACAGACAUGACCCGUUCGAGCAGUGUUUUCGAACAGUUCCCGGAAACGCUCCGGCAGCUUGAGCUCGAUCUGGAAAAGGAAGGAUCCGAUCUAGCCGGUGUUAAUGCCGACUUUACCUUCAAGGAGCUGGCGAAAGGUGCACUCGCUGCUGGCAUCAAACAAGAGGUGCUCGAUCCGGACGAGGACCUAUCCCGUUCGAUCUCCUCCUGCAAUAUCGCCGUAAAGCAAGAAACGAACGAAGACGCCUUGGAACGAUCGACCGGCUCGACCUCGUCUGAUAUGGUUAACCCGUUCGACAAUCCAAACAUACCGUCACGCGUGUUCCCGCUGACCGGGAUCGAGCUGACGCUGGCACCGUAUGCGGCCAAAUUUCUCAUGCUGGCAGUACGUGAUCGCAUCCGGCACGGACGACACUUUACGUUCAAGGCACAGCACAUGGCGGUCACGUUUGUCGCUGAAUCGGUCACGGGAUCGAUCGUGAAUCGUCAAACGCCGUACGCCGUGCUGGGCAGCUGGGUUCAGAUACUUAUCCCGAACCGGUUGGUACCGCGCAUGGUGGACAGUUUCGGCGAGUUGAGCACGCGCAGUGUAGACAGUUUGAAAAUUCCACUCACGUACGAGUGGCCGGAACAGAAUCUCAAGUUCAUUAUCGACAAUCCGCCGCCGGAACUGCUCAACCAGCAAGGCCCGAUACUGGCGUGAGU